CCUUGUACCCCCUGCGCCUCCACCGCAGCCACACACCACAGGUAGGGGAGGGAGGAGAGAAGAGGAAGCCGAGACGCAGCGGCGGAGAUGGUUUCCCUGAAGCUGCAGAAGCGGCUCGCCUCGAGCGUGCUUAAGUGCGGCAAGGGCAAGGUCUGGCUCGACCCCAAUGAGGUCAACGAGAUCUCCAUGGCCAACUCUCGCCAGAACAUUCGAAAGUUGGUGAAGGAUGGCUUCAUCAUCAAGAAGCCCCAAAAGAUCCACUCAAGGUCCCGUGCACGCAGAGCCCACGAGGCAAAACAGAAGGGCCGCCAUUCUGGAUAUGGUAAGCGCAGGGGUACAAGGGAGGCUAGGCUUCCCACCAAGAUUCUGUGGAUGAGGAGGAUGCGCGUGCUCAGACGCCUGCUCCGCAAGUACCGUGAAGCAAAGAAGAUCGACAAGCACAUGUACCAUGACAUGUACUUGAAGGUCAAGGGUAACAUGUUCAAGAACAAGCGUGUGCUUAUGGAAAGCAUUCACAAGUCAAAGGCUGAGAAGGCUAGAGAGAAGACGCUCUCUGACCAGUUUGAGGCUAAGCGUGCCAAGAGCAAGGCAAGCCGUGAAAGAAAGAUUGCCAGGAGGGAGGAGAGGCUUGCUCAGGGCCCAAGGGACCAUUCAGCAGCUCCUGCUCAACCUGCAGCGGCACCAAAGAAGUCAAAGAAGUGAAGAUCUGACGUUUAAGCUUUCUGUUUACUCGGUGAAAUCAGUUUGGUCUUAUCUAAAUUUUCAAGUAUGAACUGUUUUGUUCAGUCUGGAUACCCUGGAUACUAUGUUUAAGUAUCUUUGUUAUCCCAGAUACCCUGGAUACUAUGUUUCAUGCUACUGGAUGUAGUAUUAGAUGCUUAUGCAAAGUUCCUUCUGAAA